CGGAGGUCACGUGAGGGGGAGGGAGGUCACGUGGGGCGGAGGGUGGUCAGCGCGGGCAAUAUGGCGGCGUGUGAGAAGGCGGUUGCAGAAGCUGAAGAGAAACCGGAGCCGGCGACUUUCCGAGAGCUGGGUGUGACCGAGGUACUCUGUGAGGCCUGUGAGCAGUUAGGAUGGAAAGAGCCAACUAAAAUCCAGAAGGAAGCCCUGCCGGUAGGACUAGAAGGGCGGGACAUUAUUGGCUUGGCUGAGACUGGCUCGGGGAAGACUGGUGCCUUUGCAAUCCCCAUCUUGCAAGCCUUGCUGGAGAAUCCACAGCGAUUGUUUGCUCUUGUGUUGACUCCGACCCGCGAGCUGGCUUUUCAGAUUUCCGAACAGUUUGAAGCCCUGGGUUCUUCCAUUGGAGUUAAGUCUGCUGUCAUCGUGGGUGGAAUUGACAUGAUGUCACAGUCCCUGGCUCUGGCCAAGAAACCUCAUAUUGUGAUAGCAACCCCAGGCCGACUGAUUGACCACCUGGAGAACACAAAGGGCUUUAAUCUUCGUGCUAUCAAAUACCUGGUGAUGGAUGAAGCUGACAGAAUUCUAAACAUGGAUUUUGAAACCGAGGUUGAUAAAAUCCUCAAGGUGAUUCCACGAGAUCGGAAAACAUACCUCUUUUCAGCGACGAUGACAAAGAAGGUACAAAAACUGCAGCGAGUGGCAUUGAAGGACCCGGUGAAAUGUGCUGUCUCAACCAAAUACCAGACUGUGGAAAAACUGCAGCAGUAUUAUGUGUUCAUCCCCUCUAAAUUCAAGGACUGUUACCUGGUUUACAUUCUGAACGAGCUCGCUGGCAAUUCUUUCAUCAUCUUUUGCAGCACCUGUAACAACACGCAGCGGACAGCACUCCUCCUUCGCAACCUGGGGUUCACUGCCAUUCCCCUACAUGGACAGAUGAACCAGCAUAAACGAUUGGGGGCUUUGAAUAAAUUCAAGGCAAAGAACAGAUCCAUCUUACUCGCCACAGAUGUCGCCAGCCGAGGCCUGGAUAUUCCGCAUGUAGACGUGGUUAUUAAUUUUGACAUUCCCACCCAUUCCAAGGAUUACAUCCACCGAGUUGGGAGGACAGCCAGAGCAGGACGCUCGGGAAAAUCUGUUACCUUUGUUACACAGUACGAUGUGGAACUUUUCCAGCGGAUCGAGCACUUGAUCGGGAAGAAGCUCCCGGCGUUCCAAACGGAGGAGGAUGAGGUGAUGGUGCUGGCCGAACGCGUGACAGAAGCGCAGCGAUUUGCACGGAUGCAACUGCGGGAGCUGGGGGACAAGAGGAAGCGGCCACACGAGGAGGUUGAAGACGACUCGGAGCAAUCGCUCGGGAUCAGGAACAAAGUAUCAGGAGGCAGAAUGAGGAGAAAGGUGCGAUAAGACAGAACUGCCAGAAACAUUGAUUGGGAAAAUGGUUGGGACGUGGAUUUUUAUAGGUACCCAAAAUCAGGCUGUAUCACUUCGGUCCAGUCCACCACUUGGGUGUGUCUGUUGUGGAGGCUUUGUACCUCCUUGUGACAGAUGAGCAUCAUGAAGAACUUGGCUCUUUUUGGAAUAGAGACCACUGGCAUCGUUGUCACCAGGAUGGAAGAGUGCUUCACCCAGAGCAUUGCUGUGUUUGUCCACACUGACCCUUCUCUACAACUUUUUCUCACAAUAACACGUGCAACGUUUAAUCUCUGUGUUUAUAUAAAAAAAAUUCUUUAAACCAUACACAAUUUUGGACAUCCUGUGGAGGACUGAAAUCACUCUAUUCUUUCACUAAACUCUUAAAAUAAAUUCGACCAAGUCUUUAUAGUGGAAAGCAUCUAAGCUUCUGAAGUGGCUUCGGAAGAUGCACGUCGGAUAAGAUCUUUCAUCUCACUUGUGAAACCAACCAAAUCCUGUAACAUACAGAGUGGGUCUAAACAGCAACAAAAACAACACAUGCUAAACUGAGGUCUGGCAUACGCACAAAUAGAUGACAUCCUUUCAAAACCACAGCAAAAUUAGUCUGAUUCAUUUCUAGACAACAGUAAUGACUUUAUUUUUCCCUUUCCAGUUUUCUCUCCGCUUUUCUGAUUCUCGCUGCGAUAGGAUUCCGGAGAUACUCUGCAGUGCUGUAUACACAGCCCUUAUUGACUGCUUAGCUCUUCCUGUCCUCACUCGGUAUCUACUUCUGGCAGAAGAUAUUGGAUACCAACUGGGAGCACAAACCCUGUCUUAGAUUGCCCCCACACUCCCUAGUCUGAGGGACGCUGAGGUCAAUGUUGGCACGCCUAUUAUUACUCUGCCUGAGAUCAGCUAACUUAGAACAGGCUGAGAUUGACUGAGAAUUCAGACAUGGCACCUUUCUGCUCUGUAUAGACUAGUUUCAUACUGGGCACUGGAUUUUCUUCAUGAGCAAUUGGAGCUUUUAACUAAACUUGAAUUAGUUACUUUGGGCCUCCUGUUUGUUGAUUCUGGUGAGGAAUUUGUUUAUUUAGCUGUGAAUUUUCUGCAGCUUUAAAGGGACUUAGCUACAGUGAGCUUCUUCUGAAACACUUGCUACCAAUAUAAUCGUGGACUGGUGGUGCAGCCCAUAAUCUCAGUGCUGCUCCCUUCAAUUCCAAAUCUUCUCUUUUGAAUGCUGGAAUCUGGUUGAAUUUCUUAAUAAUAAUGGUCCUGACAUUUGAUUUGUCUGCCUUUUACAUCAGCGGGUCGUCUCAAAGCAUCUCGUAGGAUACGCUGUAAAGUAAGACUCUGUGUGUAUGUUGUAGGCGAACGCAGCAGCCAAUUUGCGCACAGCGAUAUCUCCACGAACAGAAUUAAUAACUAGAACUUACUGGAUCCAGGCACUAAAGUUAGUGGUGUGUUGAGGAAGGGGGAGAUUAUCUCAGCUGUUUGCUGUUUCUGAAUGAUAACCUCGGCAGAUUGAGGAAGGUAUAAGGUUGAUGAUUGACAUUCAGCUUUGCACAGUUGGUUGUCCUGACUGACCGAAACGUGGCGAGAGAAUACACACACACACAUGCAUCCAAUCUUUGCUCAGUUUCUCCCAAGUAGAUGCAGUAUAUUUGUUGCUGAAUCGGCAGCGGGCCUGGAUACACUAUACAUUUACUGCCAACCACUGAGAUCAGCACCAGGCGUUGGCUGCACUUUAUACGCUCGAUCAUCAUAAAGUGCUAACUCUCAUUAGGCUUUGGAGAGCUAACCAGUUGACCACUGCCUGAAACAAGCCCUAGGACAUUCGAGCCUCUUGCCUCGUGAUAUUGUGGCACCAGGAUUAAAAAAAUGUCCGUUUGUCCUGAAUUUAAAAAAAUUGAAAAGGAUUUGAAUCCUCGGAACUCUCCUCUGUCUGCUUUUUACCCUGAUUUAGACCCCAAAUGGUGUACCUCGUAAAAGGUUUGUUCACUGAAUGUCCGCACGCAUAUUGUUCCCCCUGAGAAAAUAAGAGGAGCAAAUAAGGCGAUUCCCGGUAGCAGCAAUCCGGAGUUACGAGAAACGGUUUGGGAAAUUUGACCUUGUUGCCUUUGGAAAGGCGAUAUUUCUGAGGUGUCGCAAUUGAAGAUUUCUGAAGGGGAUCAACAGGGCGGAGACAAAGAAAUGGUUCACUUGUAGGCGCGGGAUUGAAUCGCCCGCCCACCGCAGGGGAGGGUGGGUGGGAUAAAUUGUGUACGCGGACGGAAGUUGGUUUGAGCUUUCGUUACUUGAAAGAUUUUGGGUUGUUGAAUAAACAAGGAAAACCACUGAAAUGAA